AUGGAUAGCCCUCUACCGCCGUUACCUCCCUCGCCGCUACUAGUUAGUGAGCACAAUCAUAAUAAUGGCCUUCAAAAAGGCAAUGAGGAUCAUCUUCUGAUAAAUCACUCUAAGAAAGAUCCAACUAUUGACGACAAUACUGCGAAUUAUAGCGCUGACGGCAACGAUAUCGGAGAUGAACAUGAGCAAGAGCGCAACCUUCAGAUUCAAGAAAUGUUCAACAAUGUUUUUCAGGUAUCGCAAAAUUUGAUAUCUAUCGACCGAAUACUGGAGAAUAUUCAUACCAAUGCGUUACUUUCUGUCGUCGCAACAAUUCGUGGGAUAGCAGAAGAGUCGAACCAGAUUCUAGUCAAGAACAACCAACUAUUAGGGGGGAUCCUCACCGAAGGGCAGAGUCAGAGUCAGGCAGUUGAAGAGGAUCCUAAUAGAAGGCCAAUUGAUGACAGCAAAUAUUCAGCAACUUGUGACUGCAACCACGGGUAUACUCCCCAGCGUGGUGACUACAGCUCCGUGUACCCCUGCAAUAGCUACGCUAAUGGCAGCUGA